ACGCACGACGCACGUGCGUUGAUUCAACGGUUAACUGGGGAUAAUUAUAAUAAAUUUAAUUCGUUCUUUAGUUUUACUGCCUAAUUAAACCAAUUUUUUCGUGUUUUUUUUUGUAGAAUUAGAGUUUAAGCGCUCAUGUUGAGGAUAAAACAGGAAUGUGAAAUGGAGUUGACUUCAGAGAAAAGUCCAGUUUCUCGCAAAGAAUUGCGUGCGAAAAUUCGGAAACAAAUGGAGUUCUACUUUGGAGACGAGAACUUGAAUAAAGACAGAUAUUUGAAAAAACUCAUCGACGAGGAUCCCUGGGUUGAUCUGAAGAUGUUUGUGGCGUUUCGGAAGAUAAAAAGUCUGACGACGGAUGUGAGGAGAAUAGCCAAGACUUUGAGGAAAUCGAGGAUUCUGGAUGUUUCCAAAGAAGGCACAAAAGUCCGUCUUCGUCCUCCGCUUGUCGAGUUCAAGUCGCCGAAAAAUGCUCGAAAGUGCAUCAAGGCGUUUAGAACAAAAGGCUGUGAACUGUCCUCUCUCAAAUCACCAAAUUCCCUUAUGAGGAUUACUGCUCUUAAAGAUUGCGAUGAACAGAUUGCAAAAAAGCCUAUUAUAAAAAAAGAUACGAAAGAAGAGAAACUGGAAACUGAAAAUUCACUUGCACAUGAAUCUGAUAAAAAAAGAAAGAAACUAAAGCAUGUAACUAUCGAAUCAGAUUUAAAAAAAGAAUCAGUAAAAAAAAUAAAAAUCCUACCUGAAGAGAAAUUCGCAAAAAUCGGAAAAAACGAAAAAUAAGAGAUUCUACGGCAGGUGCGAAUGAUACAUGCAAAAAUUCUACAAAUGUAAAUACGGAGUUAAAAAAA